AUGGCACCAAUUGUAGCCGUGGGUGAAGAUGCGGUCAGCUCUGAGAAUGUGACCUUCGACAGCCGUAAACGCAAAAGUCAAAAUACAAAACUAAAAAGUAAUGCAGCUACACCAGUUUCUAACAAGAAAAGAGCGCGAUUGUCGAUUGGGACACCUGGUAAAGUGACACCAUUGGCUGACAUUCGUGAGCGUGAAGUUGAAAGGACAUUCACUGAGCAUGAAGUGUCCGAAGUGUACAAAGCAAUUCGCAAACAGACGGGAAGUCUAGGUGGUAAUGCUGCCGGUGGCGCCAUUUACGGUGAGAUAACUCAAGCUUCUUUUCAGCGCGUAGUCGACUAUUUAAAGGAAUUUUGCGAAUUAUCUGAGAGCAGUCGUUUUAUUGAUGUGGGCUCGGGACUGGGUAAACCCAAUUUUCACGUUGCAGUAGAUCCUGGUGUGCAGCUAUCGUAUGGUAUUGAGCUUGAAGAGCUACGCUGGCAUCUUUCUCUGCAUAAUCUCCGCAGCGUUUUGUCACUCGAAUCGCAGCGUUUAAAGCCAGUAUCGACGGUAUUUACAGCAGGAGAUAUCACCCACGCGCAUACAUUUGAACCGUUCUCUCACGUGUAUAGUUUUGACGUCGGGUUCCCACCCGAUGUUAUGGACAAAAUGGCUCUCAUGUUUAAUCGUAGCUCGGCUAAAUAUUAUGCCAGUUUUCAUGCACCACGAAAAGUGGUGGACAUGUACGGGUUUGCAGUCGAAAACAUUGGGCGAGUGGCAACGUCUAUGGCUGGAUCGAGUGAAGGACACCAAUGUUACUUUUAUCGGCGUCUAGCUUCUACGGGUGGAGACAAGAAAGUAAAAAAUGAUAAAGUGGAAGCUCAGGUAUCGUCGGUAAGCAACGAUAUUAACAGCUGGAUCGAUGUGGAUCCUCUUUUUAGCAAAGGCAUUGAAUUAUUAAAAGGAGGUCGGGAGGGAAUGAUUGAAUGGGUUAUUGACUUUUUUGCUCAAGCGAACGCUGGACGAACUCGUCGUCAAAAGCGAGAGUUACGAGAGCGUCCGAUAGAUUCAUACUACCCUACUGUCAAGUCACACGUUUUAGCAACGACGAAGGGAAAAAGUACUGAAAAGAGGGCGAAGCGCAAGAUUAAGCUCUUUGUUUAG